AUUUGAUGCCUUUUGCGUCGGCGGCCAUAACGUUCUUUUCCGUCUUUGGCUAAACGCGACCAACCAUGGGCAAGGAGUCGGAACCCAAGGCGACAGUUCGCACCAGGAAGUUCAUGACCAAUCGGCUCUUGAACAGAAAACAAAUGGUUGUUGAUGUCCUGCAUCCAGGCCGAUCAACUGUCCCCAGGAAUGAGAUCCGAACCAAACUUGCAAAGAUGUACAAGACUACCAGCGAUGUUGUCUUUCCCUUUGGCUUCAAGACUGCCUUUGGUGGUGGUAAGAGCACAGGUUUUGCUCUUAUUUAUGACACACUAGACUAUGCCAAGAAACUGGAGCCUAAGUACCGUCUUGAAAGGCAAGCACUCAUUGAGGUCAAGAAAACCGCUCGGAAGCAGAGGAAAGAGCGCAAGAACAGGAUGAAGAAGGCUCGUGGUACAGCUAAGGCGAAAUUGGCCUCUGCCACCAAGAAGGUAAGAAAAAAUGGCGUGAAAUUUGAAUGGUCUUCAGCUAUUGAAAAAAAUAAUCAAUAUAUUUUUUUUUGUGUGUGUAUAUAUGUGUAUAUUUAUAUACACAUGUAUACACACGCACACACACUCACACUCUCACACACUCACACAUGUACAUAUGCAUGCAUGCAUACAUACACAUAUAUGUACACAUACAUACACACACAUACACAAGCAUACAUACACAUACAUGUAUACGUAUUUAUAAUUUAAAUUCUGAUUCUUAUG